AUGCUUCUCAUCGUCUCUUUAAUAGUAGUGGCAGGGUUAGCAAUGCGGAUGAAGAUCAGAAACUCUCCUGGAAGAAGGAGAGUGCAAGAUUGUCUCACAAAAGAAGGCGAUGUGGUCGACCAGUUCUACAGACUCACUGACAAAGACGGCAAAGAAAUUGGCAGCAAUUUCGGCAAAAAACCAUACACUUUCACGUUGGGCAAAGGUCAAGUGAUCCCGGGAAUGGAGCGUGCAAUGACUGGCAUGUGCAUCGGUGAGAAGAGAAAGGUGGUGAUUCCCGGAAAACUUGGCUUUGGCAAAGAUGGAAGAGACAGAGACAACAUUGCCAAAGAUCAGACCCUCUACUAUACCAGUGCAGUUGGUCGACCUGUUCCGAGCGGUUCCUGGUGA